GCACUCAAGAACUGCAAGAGUUCCAACAUGAAAUGCUUUUGGCCCGAUGGAAUGCCUGGGGGGUUGGCUUAAUCAACUGCAGGCAGACAUCAGGUCCAGGCGGGCUGAACCCGGGGCGCCUGGGAGGUCGCUGGAAAGCCUUGGAUGGGGGGCCUUCGACCGCGUGGCCGACAAAUACAUUUCCCUUUUUCAGUUUAGGCCCGGGCUCCGAAAGAAAACAAGUCAUCAGCAGAUGACCUUCCAAAGCCGUUUCUGUCCUGUCUCUCAAUUCUGUCCAAGUCCUCCUGAGAAACGGAAAACGGCCUCUCGCGCGCGUUCACCGGCAAAAGCCGCAACAUCCGUCAGACUGGGAGUUUACAAUGGAGCACCACAUCGACACGCAAGAUCCAUCAGUUGCUGCCUUGUCCCCGAGCCGCCUGUACGGAGACACCCGGUCAAUGCGUCCGCUUCUUCCCCAAAAGCAAUCAGCCAAAUCCCCAGAUGUUGUUGUCUUUUGACGCUCAGUUGCAUCUUUCAGUCGGAACCGCGCACCCGUGCCUCCUCUUCCCAACGUACCCGUUCGGUCCUGGAAUUUAUCGGUGGAAUAGCAGCCCAAUCUAGCAUUCCCAGAGGCAGCAACACGCAACAUCUCUGUCCAAAAGUCGUGUCCCAAACAUCCAUGCCGACCUGUCGACUCCCACGCCGGGGGAGACAUAGCCACGAACAACCCUGAGCACUCCCACCCCCUCCAAUCCUUUGAAGAACCUCGGCCGUACCCACUCCCUCGUGUGCAAGAAUCGACCGAGAGGCUGUCGACUGCUAGAUGGAAGGGCCCUUUGUAGAGUGGGACUGACAAAGCCCCGGCCUGAGGAGCAAACCUCGACGUUCUCCCUUUUAUCUCCCCCAUCUCUGCUGUUCCAAAGGCUGCCGAACAGGUCACAGAGGUUUUAGGUACGGCCUUGGAUACAGAGGUCGGCGUCCG